AUGGCUGCAGCCUCUUCAUCGUCGAUGAUUUUUACAUGUCGACUGAUGAUUUACUUGAUUGUUAUUGUUAGUAAUUACAGUCUUGGUCCUCAAAUGGUUCAAGUAGCAGAGGGUAGUCGAGCAUUCUUUGUUUUCGGUGAUUCACUGGUCGACAAUGGCAACAACAACUAUCUGAUAUCGAUUGCUCGAGCCGACUCUUACCCUUAUGGAAUCGAUUUUCCGACUCACCGUCCCACCGGCCGUUUCUCUAAUGGCCUCAUCAUCCCGGACCUUAUCAGUCAGAAAAUUGGCUCAAGAGAACCCCCAAUGCCAUACUUGAGUCCACAGCUUAACGGACGACGGCUACUUGUUGGUGCAAACUUCGCUUCCGCCGGAGUUGGAAUUCUCAAUGAAACUGGCGCUCAGUUUCUAGAUAUACUCAGAAUGUUUAGACAACUGAACUACUUCAAAGAAUACCAGCAAAGAGUGCAAGCCCUGGUCGGAAAGCAGCAGACCAGAAGACUCAUAAGCCAAUCACUUGUCCUCAUCACCGUCGGUGGCAACGAUUUCGUCAACAACUACUACUCAGCCUCUUCCAUUUCUCAAUCUCGCAACCUCCCCCUCCCUACUUACGUCAAGCUUCUCAUCUCUGAGUACCGAAAAACUCUCAUGAAUUUAUAUCAACUCGGAGCACGUAGAGUUCUGGUUACUGGUACAGGACCGAUGGGAUGUGCUCCGGCAGAGUUGGCGGCUAGAAGCACGAAUGGAGGAUGCUCGGCUGAACUUCUACGAGCUGCUGCCCUGUACAACCCACAACUCACUCAAAUGUUGGCCGGACUCAACAAGAAACUUGGCAAAGAUGUAUUCAUAUCUGCCAACACUAGGCAAAUGCAUGCAGAUUUCAUCAACAACCCCCAAGCAUUUGGCUUUACCACAUCGAAGGUAGCAUGUUGUGGGCAAGGACCCUACAAUGGACAAGGUCUCUGCACAUUUCUGUCCAAUUUGUGCCCAAACAGAAACCUGUAUGCGUUUUGGGAUGCCUUUCAUCCAUCUGAAAAGGCUAAUAGAAUGUUUGCAGAGAUGAUCACCACAGGCUCAACUAACUAUAUGAGCCCCAUGAACCUCAGUACUAUCCUGGCCUUGGACUCCACCACCUGACCUGAAAGAAUUAAUAUGUUUUUCUAAUUUUCUUUGGACAAUUUAAGUCAUUGUGUAGUUUAACAAUUAUACUUACAAUAAUUCAGGUUGCUUUGUUCUCUUUGGUCAAAUGUCUCAAUUUCAAUAUUUCGUAAUAAUUCAGAUGGUGCCAUACAUACAAGAAGUUCAAUUUAGAAUCGUUAAUUUGUACAUUUUAGAAUUUAAUCCGAUUCGUUGGGAUCAAGGUGUAAG